AUGGCACUUCUGUACUAUCCCUUCGCCGCAAAUCCGCAGCAGCUGCAAACGCAUCGUUCAAAAGUCCCAACAAACCUGGCUCUCGUCCUAGCGUCCACUCAGGAAGAGCCUUCGGAAGAAGAGAAAGGUGCAAUUAUCGAUAGUGUCGUUUCUGCUGUCCGCUGGUGUAAAAUUGUGGGUAUUAAAAGUUUUAGUGUUUACGAUCGUCACGGUGAGUUUGCUGCUUUAUACUAUGACGCUGGCCACGAACAUAUAGACUCUGAUUGCUCUUCUGACGACACUGACGUGGAAUACCCACCUACUCCGCCACUUACGGACUUCACGGACUCUAGACCUAUCACUCCAGAACAA